GAGCCGAAAAAAACGUAACACUGUAAACAUCAAUGAGCUGUCACUUUGUAAAGUCACGGAAAAAUCCAAACAAAUUAUAAGAUGGCCGAGGUGUCUGCAGAUGCCAUCACCUUGGAUCUGCUGAGAGAAGCUGGAGAGACGGUGAGAUGCAGCCCCCUGGGUGUCAUCAACACCCCCAUGAUCCCCUGGUGCCAGACAACCCUGACCCUCAACAUCCACUGCAACAUCCACAUCAAACUGGAGAACAUGCAGAGAACUGGUUCGUUUAAGAUCAGAGGAGUGGCCAAUCAGUUUGCCAGGAGGCCGAAGGGUGGUCAUUUUGUCACCAUGUCUGCCGGGAACUAUGGGAAGUCAUUUGCGUACGCCUCAAAACACUACGGGUCAAAAGGCAAAGUGGUGAUGCCGGAAACAGCCCCAGUGUCCAGAUCCAUCCUCAUACAGAGUUUUGGAGUGGAGGUGGAGCGAGUUCCCACCUCCUGUCUGAUGAACGUGGUGAACCGCUGUGUUCAGGAGGACAACAUGACCUUCCUGCACUCGUACGAUGACCUGGAUCUGAUAGCAGGGCACGCCAGUCUAGGUAUGGAGGUGCUGGAGGUGGUGCCAGAGCCGGAUGUAGUGGUGGUGUGCUGUGGUGGAGGGGGGCUGCUGGCUGGUGUAGUAGCCGCCAUCAAACUGUCAGGCUGCGAUAAAACCAGAAUCUAUGGUGUGGAGCCAGAAGGAGCCUGCACCAUGUACAAAAGUUUCAUCGAGAAGAAGCCAGUGGGCAUGGACGCCAAGAGCAUCGCUUCAGGACUCGCGCCACCGUUUGCAGGCACUCUGCCCUUCCAGUUGUGCCAGCGUUACGUGGAGGGAAUUGUCCUAAUAAAUGAUGAGGAGAUCAAGUCAGCCGUGUCCACCCUCUACAGGUCUGGACUCGUGGUGGAGCCGUCGGGCUCUGCUGCAUUCGCUGCCAUCGUUAACAACAAGAUACCCGAGCUGGAGGGGAAGAACGUGGUGUGCAUCCUCAGCGGAGGGAACAUCGGAAAAGACGAGCUUGCCAACUUCCCAGACUGACAAAUGCACACCACUAUGAUGUGACCUCUACUAGAUUAAAGAAAUGUGAAGAUGAAAAGCUAUUCAGGUCCUCUGAUUUGGAAAAAUAAAAUAAUUUUCGUGUCAUUUUGUCUGUAAAUGUAAUAAUUCUAAUCAUAUGAGGCUGUGUGUUUUGGAGGUGCAGAUGAACUAUGAUGAAAUGAGUUUAUCUGUGAACUACAACAUAUUUUUUAAGCUAGUUUUCUACAACUAAACUCUUGAUGAGCAUUUAAAGUGCCACAAUCCUAAGUAUUUCUAUAUACAUGUAAUUUCACUGUAAUUGUGUUUGUUUUAAUGUGUGCAGUCUCAGUCUGGUUUAAUAAACACCUCAAUCCAAAUUCAUCAAGUCUACAAAUGUUAUGCCCUCAAAUCUGAGAAUUAAAUAAAAAGUUAGCAUCAAGGUGCAAGUAAAGUGAUGCUGGGACUUUCUGUUUUCCACUUUCUAGAAUUUUAGUAUCCUUGCCUUUAAGAAAGAUGGGGAAUUCAAGGCAACUUGUAAAAACAAAGUUGCAUCUAAAUGUUUUAAACAACCAGUAAAAUUAAUGUUCUUGUCUCUUCUUUGGCUGGCAGGGUUUGACUGUAUCUUUCAUGGACUUUUUUGGAUGUAUAUUCUUUAUCCUCUCAAGAUCAAGUUUACAUUUAGGCCUGAGCAGUUUAGAUCCAUUAUGUUACUGCUGACACAAGACCAGCUUUACAUCACUGGCCCAAAUAUAGCUGUCACUGAAAAGGUUCAAUGGAAUGACUGAGAAGCGUGAAAAGUUGCUGCAGAAACUUGAGAUGAUGCUAAAUAAAGUUUUAUAACUUCCCUAACUCCCUCUUAAACUUUUCUUGCAUCUGUCAGAGUCUAACGACUGCAGUAUAUAGCAAAAGUAAGCUGGAGAAAAAACAAGAAUGCAUGAAAAGACGUAUGAAAAAUAAGGUAUAUUUUCUUUUCAGCUGGGAACAUGAACUUAACGUACAGAAAAUGUGACUUUUUUUCUGUAGUUAAUAUUGAUUUGAGUUGCAUGGAGUGCACAGAAGACAAACUAA